UGUAUAUUGUUAUACCAUCUUAAUAACUAUCUUUUAGAACCGCACUGUAUACACCUAUCAAAAAUAAUAAGUGAGGUUAUGUACAACUGUCACUUUCCUAACCUAUAUCAUAAUUUUUAAUUGUAAUACUUGAUAGUGAUUUAACAACACUUUCACAACUAAUCUUUUAAACUAUACCUUAUCAUGUGAUUAUUACAAUUUAAUUGUUUCUAAUAUAUUUUAAAACUUGAAUGCUCGAGUAUUUCACUCAUCGUGGAAAUCAAAAUGAAGCAACAAUUUAUUUGCGUUAUGUUAAAAAAUCGGAUUGGUAAUAAAUUGUGUUUUUGCUAAUAGGAAAUGUGAUUGGUCGUUUUAACGCAUGCGAAAUGGUUGCCUCGAUUUGGUUUACCCGGUGGACGAGAAGGGCAAUACUACUAUAGUAUAAAACCAUUUCUAGCCCAUCCACCAUAUUCUUAAAGGAGUCUUAUCGUAAAUUCGAGGAUACGUUAUGGAGGUAACAGCUUCAACAACCGACAUAACUCGGGCUCAAAAACAAGCCUUAACCCAGCUUGAUCACAUUUGCGACUUAAACACCCAUUAUUUCACCCCAAAAACUCGUCUUUCAGGGAUAAUAUGCACCAUUGGGCCAGCAUCUCGAGAUGUUCCCGUCUUAAUCGAAAUGAUGAAAACUGGGAUGAAUAUUGCGAGAUUAAACUUUUCCCAUGGUACUCAUGAGUACCACGCAGAAACCAUUGCAAAUAUUAGAGCCGCUGUUGCUGAAUACAGCAAGCAAGUGAAGAUACAAUUUCCUCUUGGAAUCGCUUUGGAUACUAAAGGACCCGAAAUUCGCACCGGAUUAUUAGAAGGGGGAGGUUCCGCUGAAGUUGAAUUAAUCAAAGAUGCUAAAAUUAAGUUAACAACCGAUAAACAAUACGCUGAUAAAGGAAAUGCGGAUAUAAUUUACGUGGAUUAUGACAACAUAACCAAAGUUGUCCAACCAGAUAAUUACGUUUACAUCGACGAUGGUUUAAUAACCAUCAAAGUAGACAGCAUAGAAGGUGCAACUUUAAAUUGUACCGUUGAAAGCGGUGGGAUGUUGGGUAGCAAAAAAGGUAUUAAUUUACCAGGAGUUAAUGUCGAUUUACCCGCCGUCUCCGAAAGAGAUAAAGCCGAUUUGCGUUUUGGCGUUGAAAAAGGUGUCGAUAUGAUUUUUGCUUCAUUCAUUCGCAACCCAGAAGCGGUAACGGAAAUUCGCCAAAUUUUGGGUGAACAAGGAAAAAAUAUCAUGAUUAUUUCCAAGAUUGAAAAUCAACAAGGUGUGGAUAAUUUAGAUGCGAUUAUUGAAGCUUCCGACGGGAUUAUGGUCGCUCGCGGCGAUUUAGGGAUUGAAAUCCCAACAGAGAAAGUGUUUUUGGCUCAAAAAUCGAUUUUAGCCCGAUGUAAUAAACGCGGAAAACCCGGAAUUUGCGCCACGCAAAUGUUGGAGUCGAUGGUUAAAAAUUCAAGACCGACUCGAGCUGAAAGUUCUGAUGUAGCUAACGCUGUUUUGGAUGGAGCCGAUUGCGUUAUGCUUUCUGGUGAAACUGCCAAAGGAAGUUAUCCUUUGCAGUGUGUUAGAACCAUGGCUAAAAUUUGUAAAGAAGCUGAAGCUGCCGUUUGGCAUUGGAGAUUAUUCAGCGACUUAAAUUCUAAAAUUGAUCCCCCAAUCGAUCCCGCCCAUUCAAUCGCCAUCGCCGCCGUUGAAGCAUCAACUAAAUGUUUAGCAGCUGCGAUUAUCGUCGUUACCGCAACUGGGAGAUCAGCACAUUUAAUCGCUAAAUAUCGCCCAAACUGCCCGAUUAUUGCAAUUACUAGGAAUGCGCAAGUUGCGCGUCAAGCUCACCUAUACAGAGCUAUUCUUCCACUUAUUUAUGAAGAUGAUCGAUUGCUCAGUGAUUGGUUAAAAGACGUUGACGCUCGAGUCCAAGCCGGAAUAAAUCUGGGAAAAACAAACGGUCUCAUAAGCUUGGGAGACUCAGUAGUUAUUGUUACCGGUUGGAGACAAGGUUCCGGUUUUACAAACACCAUGAGAGUUGUGUAUGUGGAGUAAAAUACUAAGAAUAAAGUCAUUCAAACCAAGGAAAAUUCCAAAAAAAUAGAAAUAAAUGCUGUAAAGUAAUCAGAAAAUAACAUCGAUAUUAAUUAAUUACCACUUUUAUAUACUCAAAAAGAUGUAACAAUAAUCUAAUUAAAGCAUUUUUGAACACAAA